UAUUAACAAAAGAACAUUAGUAUAUAAAAUAACAAAAUGAGUGGUUAAGCAUGUGAUCCAGAUAAAGGGUGUUGGCUAUUAAGUAAUUGUGAAUGGAAUGAAAUUAACUUUACCUGUGUACAUGAUCCUAUUUUAGAGUUGACACCAUAUACAGGUUUCGUAUAUUCUUUGAUUCCAAUAUUUUUGGGAAUCGGAAUAUUAGGAGGUUUGGGAAGUGGAAUGACGAAAAGACCUAUUUUAAAUCUAUUAUUAAAUUAUCCAGCUGGCAUUGCAACCUAAGUUGCAGAUAGCUUUCUGUUUACAACAACAGCAGGAAAUUUAUUGUUUUUGUUUUUUGAAAAGUAUCUUAAAAUUUCAUGAGAAAGACAUCCCGAUAUUCCAGAAUUACCCCUAGUGAACUUUGACAUUAAUGUUAUAUUCAAUUAAGCUAUUCCUAUUGCCUUUAGCUUAGGUGCCCUACUCUAACAGCUAUUACCUUCAUUUGCUAUUUAUAUCAUCUAAUUAUGUUUUUUGAUGGGAGCCAUUCCAUUUUUAUGGAAGUUUAGUAAUUUAAAAGAAUUAUACUAGCUUUCACACAAAGACAACUAGAACAAGACAAAAGAAAUAACAAGGUAUUUGUGUCUGAGAAAAUUAUGACAAGAGAAGAAAUGGCUAAAGAAACAAAUCUUGAUGAAAAGAUGUUGGAUAAGUAUUAAGAGUUUUAUGUUAAUGACCAUAAUAAAGUUUAGAUUAAGAAUAUUAGCUUUGUUAUGGGAUCCUUUAUAAUCAAUCAGACCAUCAUUAUGAUGAGAGCUAAUAAUCAUAAUAAUUCAAUUAUAGGUUUAGAUCCAUGCUCUCCUGAAGACAACUUGAUUAUUCUUGUCUUAAUAGCAGCCAAUUUUAUUUAUACAUGUGUUGUUUAUUGGAAUAAAAGAAACGAAGAAUUCUUUAAAGAUUUAGUCUAAUAUAGACCCAAACAUAGAUUCUUUACACCUAGGAAAAUAUUCUGGUAAUAUUAUCUGGCAGGUUGGUUGGCAGGUUUCAGUACUGGAAUUAUUGGUAUGGGAGGUGGAAUUAUUAUGGUAUCAUUUUUAUUGCAUAAUAAAAUUAUUGCAAGAGAAGCAGCUGGUACUUCUGCUUUUGCUUCUUUUAUGAUUUCACUUAAUAGUCUGUUACAGUUAUUUUUAUAAAAAACUAUCACAACUGGAUAAUUAUUCGCUUAUAUUGGUUUGGCGGUAAAUUUAUUUAUUUAAUUUUUAGAUUUUAGGGUUGCUAUUAUUCACUAAACCUGCUUAUAUGUUGAUGAAUAAGUAUAAAGUAGGCUUUGUAGUUUUAAUUGUAGAUAUAAUUUAAGUUGCAAACAACAUCAUUUCUAUUGUAGCCUUAAUUAUUAUCAAUUCAGUCCUUUUUGGAUUUGACACAUUAUUGGAAUAUCAUUCCCGUUGUUGAAAUUUAUAUUCAUAUAAU